UUGGAGCCUCGAUGGCCGUCGGUGGCUGGGCCGUCGGCAUCGGAAUCGGCAGUCUCUGCGUGGACCAGCUGUCUCGUGGCAUCGGAGGAUUCGUCCUCACCGAGGAGCAGCAAGUGUGGAUAGUGAGCUCAAACUUUCUGGGAACAGUAGUCGGAUCAGCGGUGGCCGGGAAGCUGUCGAAACGGUUCGGAGCGCGCAACACCAUGCUCUGGUGCUGCGUGCCCACCGUGGCCGGCUUCAUCGUCACAGCCUUCGCCAAGUGCUACAACACACUGCUCAUCGGACGCCUGAUAGUCGGCCUCUUCUCCGGACCGGCCUUCGUGCUGCACGUGUUCUACAUCAGCGCCGUGGCCUCGCCUCAGUACCGGGGCUUCCUGGCACUGCUGCCCGACAUCGUCUACAUGGUGUACGUCAUCCUGAGCCUGGUUCUCGGAGUCUACUUCCCCUGGUGGUGGGCGGCGAUCAUCAGUGCAGCGCUGUUCGCCCUGCCCACGGCCGUGGCGCUCCUGAUAGCUCCGUCAGAUCCCGUGUACCUGCUGCGCACUGGUCGGCUCAGCGAGGCGAAAGAAGCAGCGCGCUUCUUCGGCCUACCUCUGCCGGAUCCAGAGCCCAACACUUCAGGGGAAAUUGCGCCUCGGAAGUCGACGUGGACGCUGGUGAAGCAGCCGCGCCACUACCGUCCGCUGCUGCUGUCGGCGGCGCUGCUGCUCGGCGUCGCCUUCUGCGGCUACAUGGCCGUGCUCAGCUACUCGCUCGUGUUCCUGCGCACACUCGGGUCGACGCUGGACGCCACCGUGGUCAGCGUGCUUCUCUGCGUCAUCCGCAUCGUGGCCGUCGGCCUGGUCUCCGUCCUCAUCGACCGACUGGGCCGGCGCGUGCUGCUGCUCUUCUCGGCGGCCGGCAUGACCAUUAGCUAUCUCGGCUUGGCCGCUUAUUUCUACAUCCCAUCGCUGGCCCCCUACACGCAAAUGCCUCUUGUCAUGCUCAUCCUGGCCAUCUCGUUCUUCUGCAUGGGCGUCGGCCCGGUGCCGUGGUGCGUCAUCGGCGAGAUCGUGCCGGCGCGCCUGAGCGACGCCGGCGGCGCGGCGCUGGUGCUCUUCUACAACAUAACCUCGCUGGCCGGCGUGCAGGUGUUCCCGGGCCUUCUGGCGGCGCUGGGCAUAGGCGGUGUGUUCGCGGCGCACGCGGGCGUCACGGGCGCCAUCCUGCUGCUGGUGGCGGCCGCCGUGCCGGAGACGCGCGGCCUGAGCCUGCAGCAGAUCGAGGAGCUGUUCGAGGACAAAGAGGAGGGAUACACACUGGUGACAGCUCUGCCGAUCUCACCGGCCUACAGUACGUUUAGCAGUACCCGCGGAGGCUGACCUCACUUUAAUGGCACUGGAAUUAAUAGGACGCUUGUCGUCUUUUGAGCGAACACUCUGUGCAUAGGGUUCAUCGUAUUUGAUGUUUUACAAAGUUGUGUGGUUGCAGAAGAUUUGCCGGUUAUCGACAUAAGGCUUGCCAGAGAAAGGUUUGUUAGGAUGGUUAUAUUUGUCUGGAGUGCUGUACUGAUUUUUGUUGUGAACUACUUGCCGUUUCAUGUCUCGUUUGCUGUGAAGGAUUCGGCUCUGGGCCAGUCAUUGUGAUAUAGGACGCAUGGGAAAUAUUGAGGAGAAUCUCAUUCUGCUUCCCAUUAGCAUCUCUCAGGUACACAUUUGUAUAUAGAUCAUUAUCAUUCUGUUGUGUCAAGCUCGCGGUUGCACCACAGCUUUACAUUUGU